ACUUGUAUAGUUGUGUUCUGUAUUCCCGUCAUCCACAAAGCCCAGAUUUUUUCAUCACUCAUCACUGAUCAUCAUCAUCGUCGUCAUCAUCAACAUCUCUCUCUCUCUUGUUCACCAUCCUCCCUUCCCCAUCUUUGUUCUCUACCUUCCGACCGUUUCUCACGAAGGAGAAGGCCCUCCUUUACCCAUCCACCAAAACCCUAACUCUCAAAGCGUCUACAAGUCCAGCUUAAAUGUUCCAACCAUGGACUUAGCCACCGAUACAACCCCCAACAGCACAAGGAAAACCCAGGAAACCGACGGCGAGACACCAUCUCCGACCCAACCAGCCAAGCUCAACGAACAUCACAUUUCCAAGCCUUUAUCCUUCUCCAACGGCGUACUCAAGCGCCACCACCACCAGAAUCACACCCCGACCACCCCUGCGGCGGUGGUUAGUUACAAGGAAUGUCUCAAGAACCACGCGGCAAGCAUAGGAGGCCAUGCCUUAGAUGGGUGCGGAGAGUUCAUGCCCUCCCCAUCUGCCACCCCAACCGACCCAACUUCCCUAAAAUGUGCUGCUUGCGGUUGCCACCGCAACUUUCAUCGCCGUGAACCUGAUGAGGGUACCCACACGGUUGACUAUCAUCACCAGCAACUGCAGCACCAUCCUCACCAACCCAUAGUAGCUCGCGGCAGGAGCCCAAAUUCAGCCUCCCCGCCACCUCUCUUGUCUUCGUACUACCCAUCUGCACCCCACAUGUUGCUAGCACUGAGCACCGGCUUAUCGGGUGCGCCGGAAAAUCAUGUGAGCACCACUGCGGCAGCAACAACAGCCGCGACGGUAACGAUGACGACAACAAACCCAAAUGGAAGAAAGCGGUUUCGGACGAAAUUCAGCCAGGAACAGAAGGAGAAGAUGCAUGCGUUCUCAGAGAGGCUCGGGUGGAAGAUGCAGAAGACUGACGAAGAGGUAGUGGAGGAGUUCUGCAAUGAGAUUGGGGUGGGGAAAGGCGUCUUGAAGGUAUGGAUGCAUAAUAACAAACAUACUUUCGGCAAGAGAGACGCAAAUGGAAGUAGAAGUAGCCCAGACACCAACCACAACCACAGUCACCACAAUGAUAGUAGUGCUCAUGUUACCACUAAUGGUUCUUCCUCAUCAUCCUGAACCUUUUCCUUUUUCUUCUUGUUGUUAUUGUCCAGAAACUAUUAGAAUGAGAGGGACUAGUUUUUUUCCUUCUUUUCUUUUGGUGAUUACUGAAUACUUUUGUUCAAUUCUAGAAGAGAAGAAGGGAAGAGUAAAACAGAAAAAAAAAAGGGAAUUUAUUUUGGAAUUCAAUUGUGGUUUACUUUUUUUUUUUUUUUCAGUUUUAUUAAAUCUGUUGGAUUUAUGAGAUGGGUGUGUUGGGUAUUUCUCGAUUUUCAGUUUUCUAUUGAUUCCAAUUUAUUUACAAGUUUUGUUAACUCAAUUCUUGAUAAGGAUAUGUCCUGGGCUUUUGGUAUUUCCCAUUUUGGUCUUCGUUUUAUUACACAAAAGAAGAAUUUUUUGAAAUGCGUUUUGUGGGAAAUUUUUGGUGAAAGAUUGGUUGUGUUCUUGGAAACUUCAUCGUUUCUUUUGUUCAUUUUCUUCUUGUUUCCAUCGUUAAUAACUCCCUUUUCUGAAACAAAUAAAAGUUGAGACACAUAUAGAUACACAAACAGAACGAGAGAGAGAGAGAGAGAGAGAGAGAGAUUCAAAUUUAAGUUUAUAAUCGUUUAAUUUAUGUCUCUUAUUUUCUUUAUUAGGGAGGAGCACAAAUUAGUAGCAGAAUUUUUCUUUCUUGAGUUAUUAAUUAUUUUUAAUCUACUUUGAUUGGGUGAAGCUUGAAUGCUUAACAAUCGUUGUAACCUUACAAAUUGUUCUGCCUUGAUUCUUCUCCUCCAUUUCUAGUAGCAAUUCAAUUGGUUGCUACAGUUUGGAUUUUCUUUUGUUUUUCUUUCUCAUGUUCUUUGGUAUUUGAUAUUAUUUUGCUCUGUUCAAUGCCAUCAUUUUCGACUGUCCAAAUUGAGAGACUGUACCUCUAUCAAUGUUGUCAACUCCCAUCCAACUUGCUCCAUUUAUUUGGUUUCAUUUCUCUUUUUCUUUCCUUGAGUGCACAGUGUUUUUAAUUUGUUCCGGUUUCUAUCUAUUUGGUGCUUUCAACAAUUCUACUAUACUAUACAAUCAUGUCGGGAUAAAUGGAGUAUGGGAGGUUGGUGGAGGUAGAUUUGGGAGAAAAGAAGGGAGAGCCCUCAAAUCUGUUUGAAAAUUUAUUGUCUGAUGAUGAUGAACAGUGGUAUUUAAUGAAUUCAUCAGUUUCCUCCUGCAAA